UAGUGCAAAGAAAAAAUGGCGACACUAAAGACGACAGCUCUUGUAGUUGUUCUCUUUCACUUUGUUCUGGAUAUCUAUGGCUUGUCGUCAGACGACACUUGCAGAGAGAGGCUUGAUAAUCUGGAGAAACUAUUGGCAAACCUAAACGAAAAAAUCGAAAACCAUCAAACGGACAACACCAAAGUAGACGCGAUGUUCAAAAUUAUUCAAGACGAAAAUAGUUAUCUGAAAAGUAGACUGAAAUCUUUAGAAGAAAUUGUUCUUACCUCGAACCGCCGGACGGAGAAACUUGAGGCUAAGAUUGCAGAUUUAGAAUCUUCAAACUGGUUUCUAAAAUCCAGAUUGGCAACAGCAAACACUAACUAUAGGUUCGCUAAUAAAUAUUCGAGCACUUUACUUGGAAAUCUGAAAACGGAUGAUUCACAGAAAGAAAACACGACUAUCGGGUCAUCAACAGCUCAUGGCAAUGAGAUGAAGAUACAACGCCAAACGGCAAUGGUAAAACGCAAAAUAAACCAGUUGGAGAAUAAACCGAGUGCAUCGAAAGAAAAACGUCCCCCGACAGGAAUACGGUCAACCUCAUUCCCAGAUGGUGCUGCAUUUUCUGCAUACGUGUCUGUCUAUGAAACGGACAUAUCCAAGGAUUUCACCAUUCACUUUGACACAAUUGUAACAAACAUUGGCAACCAUUACAACAAACAUACAGGAGCAUUCACCGCGCCACAACACGGUGUUUACGUAUUUACAUGGAAUCUCUACUGUAACAAGGGAGGGUACUUUCAUUCUCAGCUUGUUGUGAACUCUAAUGUAGUUGGGGCUAUGUUUACAAGCGUGGCGGGUGCUACUGGAGUGAGAAGUAAUACAGGUAUUGUGGUUGUUGAGGUUAACCAGGGCGAUGUGGUAUUUGUUCGUACUCACCCUACACAUGGUCACAUCGGAAAUCUCUACAGUUACAUAGACUGGCGAUCAUCCUUUAAUGGAUGGAAACUGUACUGAGUAUCAAUAAAAUGGAUUCUUUACAGCUAAAAUAAAACGGUAUCGCAGUAUAUGGAGAUGUCGGUCAUUUCAGAUGCAUGUAUUUAUAAGCGACAUCAUAUCAAAUUUAGAAAAAGAGAUCACGAUUCAAAUAUUAUCAAUUAUUAUAUGAUUAAUCAAUUCCUGGCUAUCGCUUAGAAUCAAGAAAAUAGAGGCGAAUCAAAAUGAUGUUUAAAAUACCGGUAUAUAAACCAAAAGACAGUACUCCGACGAUUUCGAGUCUAUUAUUUUAAUAUAGUAGUAUAGAUUCGACUAAAAUAAAGAUACAUUAUGUAAUUUUGGUCGUUAUUUGAAGGGGUUUAAACAAAAUGUUCAACUUAAUCCAAUAAAAGAAUUAAAAUAAAUGUUUUACAUAAGGAAGCUGCGAGGUCAACAAAUUUUAAAUACCAUAUCAGAUCUACCUUAAACUUUAAAUAUAAUAUAUUUGGCCAUAAACUAUUAAAAUUCAACUUUUAGCAUUAUGACAUAUCCUAUAAUUGUAUACAGAGCUUUUCUUUUAAAAGAGUCAACUGAAGCCUUAAAAUUGUCACGACCAUCGAGCUCUCUUAAAAGCACCGAAAUUAAACAGAAAAUUCGAAAACCCUCUCAAUCGAGAGAAAUUGACUACAACCCCCGCCUAUCACACUGAGCUACGCUGACACAUUAGACGGGCUGCGAAUAACUUUAAUGUUCCUUAUAAUGAUGCACAGUUAGGGUUUCUAACACUACAUGUGCCAACAUUUUAAGUCUUUAUGAAAGUGCAAUAAAUACUUUCAUUAAAAGUUGUCACCUAUUAAUAAAUGAAUGAAAAUUAAAUAAAAAGUUGACUUACACCAACAAUAAAGUUUUCUAUUAUACUUCACUUCGUCAAAAUUGAAAAGUCUUC